UCCGCCUCCAAUCGCCCCUUCCCCUCUCCCCUCUCAGCCCCUCAUCCCAUUCGGAAGAGGAAGGAACAAAAGGUCCCGGACCCCCAGCUCUGACGGGGCGGGACCCGGAGCCUCGGUGCAGGUUAGGUAGAGGAACGUCUUCUCUCAUUGCGGGUUGCGGCCUUUGGUAAGAGCAUGUCGUCCAUCUUGCCAUUCACUCCACCGGUUGUGAAAAGGCUGCUGGGAUGGAAGAAAUCAGCUGGUGGGUCUGGAGGAGCAGGCGGAGGAGAGCAGAACGGACAAGAAGAAAAGUGGUGUGAGAAAGCAGUUAAAAGUUUGGUGAAGAAGCUAAAGAAAACAGGACGAUUAGAUGAGCUUGAGAAAGCCAUCACCACUCAAAAUUGUAAUACUAAAUGUGUCACCAUACCAAGCACUUGCUCUGAAAUUUGGGGACUGAGUACACCAAAUACGAUAGAUCAGUGGGAUACAACAGGCCUUUACAGCUUCUCUGAACAAACCAGGUCUCUGGAUGGCCGUCUACAAGUGUCUCAUCGAAAAGGACUGCCACACGUCAUAUAUUGCCGAUUGUGGCGCUGGCCUGACCUUCACAGUCACCAUGAGCUCAAAGCGAUCGAAAACUGCGAAUAUGCUUUUAAUCUUAAAAAGGAUGAAGUAUGUGUAAACCCUUACCACUACCAGAGAGUUGAGACACCAGUUCUGCCUCCAGUACUAGUGCCGCGGCAUACUGAGAUCCUGACAGAACUGCCUCCUCUGGACGAUUAUACCCACUCCAUCCCAGAAAACACUAAUUUCCCAGCGGGCAUCGAGCCACAGAGUAAUUACAUCCCAGAAACGCCACCUCCUGGAUAUAUCAGUGAGGAUGGAGAAACAAGUGAUCAGCAGUUGAACCAAAGUAUGGAUACAGGAUCUCCAGCAGAACUAUCUCCUACUACUCUUUCCCCCGUUAAUCAUAGUUUGGAUUUGCAGCCAGUUACUUACUCAGAACCUGCAUUUUGGUGUUCAAUAGCAUACUAUGAAUUAAACCAGAGGGUCGGCGAGACCUUCCACGCGUCACAGCCCUCACUCACUGUAGACGGUUUCACAGAUCCAUCCAAUUCAGAGAGGUUCUGCCUAGGGUUGCUCUCCAACGUCAACCGAAAUGCGACUGUAGAAAUGACAAGAAGACAUAUAGGGAGAGGAGUGCGCUUAUAUUACAUAGGUGGAGAAGUUUUUGCUGAGUGUCUAAGUGAUAGUGCAAUCUUUGUGCAGAGCCCCAACUGCAAUCAGAGAUACGGGUGGCACCCCGCAACAGUGUGUAAAAUUCCACCAGGCUGUAAUCUGAAGAUCUUCAACAACCAGGAAUUUGCUGCUCUUCUGGCUCAGUCUGUUAAUCAGGGUUUUGAAGCCGUGUAUCAGCUAACUAGAAUGUGCACCAUAAGAAUGAGUUUUGUGAAAGGGUGGGGAGCAGAAUACCGAAGGCAGACGGUAACGAGCACUCCUUGCUGGAUUGAGCUUCAU